AUUGAAAAGGAUAUCGAGUAAUGUUAUCGUGGCAAAAUUUGAUUGAUUGGAACUUAAUCAGGAGAUUUUGCAGGGUUUUUUUUGGAAUGGAAAGAUUCAUUUAGAAACCUAUCAGCCCUAGAAACGCUCCAAGAUGCCAGGGCUAAACCGAGGUACCUAUCUUCAACUGGCUCUUCUUCUUCUCAUUGUUCCUGCUCAGUACUUCCUCACUCAGUGGAAACCAACAACAAGUACACAGAGGAGUAUAGAAAUUGAGAGAUUGCUAACCAGACUACACUUGUGGCAUGGUAAGUUCACCAACCCUGAUUGGUGGAAUCAGAGAGCUCUUAACGCAUGGAAUACAAUGGCUGACUUCAUUGAUCACAUAGAGAACUAUGGUGAAAGAUUGAUGUAUGGAGCGUCUUCUAAAACUAGUGACUUUGAUGAGAAUGAACCAGAAGGGGAAUCACCUGCUUAUGAAGUCUUAAAAUUCAGGGAAAGCAAUGGAUAUUUCGGAGGUUCAACAGAGAAGAGAAGUCCAAGACCACGUCAUGUUAGAUACAGGAUAGGCCAGGUGGUUAGACAUAAAAGAAUGGGAUACAGAGGUGUUAUUGUAGGUUGGGAUUUAACUGCUACGGCCCCAGCACAAUGGCUGAAAGACAAUAUAUCACCUGAUCAGCAACACACUGUGAAUGCCCCAUUCUAUGCUCUUUUGCUUGAUAUACGUGAUAUACAUGUACCUGUCCCAGUUAUUGUCUACAAUAGCGAAGAAGAUCUUGAAGUUAUAUCUUUUCAAACCAUGGUUCAGCAUCCUCAGAUAGACGAGUAUUUUGAAGCAUUCGAUGGAUCAAGAUUCCUGGCAAGGUCAUGGUUAAAAAAGAUAUAUCCUCAUGAUCAAUGAUACAUUAGAAGAUUAUAUCCUCAUAAUUAACAGUACAUUAGAAGGUUAUAUUCCAUGAUCAAAGAUACAUGUACAUCAAAGGAUUACAUCCCAUAAUCAAGGAUACAUCAGAAGGUUAUAUUCCAUGAUCAAAGAUACAUCAGAAGGCUAUAUCCUCAUGAUCAAUUAUACAUCAGCAGAUUAUAUCCAGUUGUCAAUGAUAUGAAGUCAAAAACUGUCUAUAGAGACUGCCAAAGGGAGACAGGAAAAGUAGUCUUCAUGAGUAGGUGCUCUUUACAUGUAUAUUGACAGACUGGUAAUACAUGUUUCAAUGAUAUGGGUGUUUCAUAAAGCUGUUCGUAAGAUAAGAAUGACUUUACGCAUGACUGGUGAUCCUUUCUUGUGCUUUGUGAUAUCCCUAUGUAAUUGAGUUAGGACCUAAGAACAUAUUCCAGUCGUACGUAAAGUUGUGCGUAAUUUUACGAACUGCUUUAUGAAACACCCACCAGAAGAUUGUAUCAAUUGAGUGGAAGCUUAAAUGCAUUAUUUUGAUUGUUUUAAAUGACAGACAUCACAUUCUUGUAUAUCAUAGCCUCAUUCAUACACACUGUAACAUGGUAAAACAGCUAUCUUAAUGAAUGCACUGUGGCAUAAUGAAGCCUUUUUAUUUGUACAUAAGUUUCAAGUUUCGACCGAGCGAGGGACCGCUCAGCUAGUCAACCCCCACCCACGGGAAACUAGCGAGCCCGCCAAUUUUGUCCUAUUUGCAUAUUGCCGACUCGCGGCGUAUUUGCAUAUACCUCCGGCUUAUUUGCAUAUACGCCCGACCAAUCACAUAACGGAUCAGUGCCCACCUAUUGUUCCCGCGUUCGUGCGUACGGUCCUGGGAAUUGGUAUAAAUUGACUACCGUAUCAGAUAAUUUUCGUCACUUGAUAAAGAGUUGCAGCGGCACUCGAAAGCUCGUGAACUUGUAAGCUAGUGAACACUUUUUGCGAGAGUGAUCACGAAGUUCCUAGAAAGCUAGUGAACACUUUUUGCGAGAGUGAUCACGAAUUUCCUUGUUGACCAUAGUAGAUUGCGAGACAAAUGAAUACCCUCUAGCGAUUAAGUUUCAAGUUGGUCAAAACUAUGAUGCUACUUACCUGCAACAAUUUCUCUCAGUUACAUAUCAUAUAAAAAUGGGACAUAUUGACUUUGAUAAAGAAAGAUCAUUUUUAUUAUUAUUGCAUUUGUUGGUUAUUGUUUUUUGUGUUCAUAUUAUCAUUAAAAAUACAUAUUGAUAUUAUUAGUGUUACCACAUUGGUAAUUGUUUAGGUUGGUUAAUAGUUUGCCAUCCAGUGUAGUAUGAAUAUGGCUAUGAUGAUAUUGAUAGAGGGUAUAUGACUAGUGCCUUAAUUCUCUUACUUUCUUAUGAAGGUUUAAAACGAAAUCUUAAGAUUACUACAACAAUAUGUUCAGGUCACAAGAUCAUAAAUUUGCUUCUUAAUUCACACUGUCAUGGGAAGAUUUGAUUUUUAUUAUGUUGAAUGCGAUUUACCUGAUAUUUUCUUGCCAUUAUCAUGUCCCUUCUACACCAACACGUACAGCAUGGUGUUUAUUCUUGAUAUGAUGAAGAUAUUUAUUUUGAUAAUCUUAUUUUAGGGUUGACUGUAGAAUAUGUAGGCUUGGGGAAUGUCAUCAUGAAAGUUAUUUUUGUAUUAAUUCUUUUUUUUGGUAUAACUCCGUUAUACUUUGAUAUUAUCAUAUUAUGGAUGGUGUGGCAAGUUUAGGGUUUAAAUCUUUAUUGUAUUUUAGAUUUGUUAUUAGCAUAAAUUAGCUUACAUUGAAGUGGGAAUUUUUAAAAGAUGCUUUCAAAAUCAAAAAAUAAAAUCUUAAACAGAAAUGUUCAUGAAGGUCUCUCUUCGGAUUGGGUAAAUCCACUAAUUGUUGGCAACUAUUCUGGUUUGGUACUACAUUAUGUCCUAAAAUUGUUAUAAUGUGGAUGUUACAAUUGUUAAAGUGGAUGUAUUUUGCAAUUUUACAUGAAGACUAGUUUGAUUACUUUUCUGUCCAGAAUUAUAAGUUAACAACAUAUUUUUUCUGGUGUUUUUUUUCUCACACAUGAAAUGGAUUUGAAAUUUCAGGAUAUAAUCUUUGGUUGUAUUUUUUAAUAUGCAAUCACUAGAUUUGAAAGUUCGGUGUUCAGUGGGUCUUCAUGUCCUCAAAUUUAUGUAAAAUUCAAAUCACCACAUAGAAUCCAGAUAACAGAAAAAAUAAAAAAGAGUCAAUACACUUUAGUGACAUUGGUUCCUGUAUAUUAGAUGAUACUAUACAUUUGUAAAUCUUUACAGCUUUAGACAGGUUUUAAUGCUUAGCUAGCUGAACUGCCUUGGAACUUAAUAUAUUUGGGGAUGUGGUAUUACAUACUCUGUAACUUUUACUAGAAAGCAUGAACUAUAUUUUUCAUCUUUCUUUGCUGACUCAUAUACAUGUAUCUACUUUCAUUCUUAAUAGGUUAAAAAAAUCACCAACUGUUUCUCCUUUCUUCCUUCAUUAUGGGUCAUGUGCAAUUCAUAUAUUACAUUCAGGCUUGCAAACAAACUCCAACAAAUUUAUUCAUUGCUUUACUUGCUUUUAUGGUUAACCUAUAAUUCCACCUUCUUUAUUGUCUAUAAAUAUUUAGUUUGAUUCAAAGUUACAUUUUUGUUUCAGUCAUUCUAAAUGGUUGGUGCAUUUCUUUCUUAUUAAUAUGAAAAGGAUUUGAAGAAUUUGGUCACAAUUAUUAUUUUCACUUCCCCACCAUAGGAGUUUCUGUUUAAUAGCAUUGUCCAUUAUUGAUGAGAUUAAUCUCUCAUACGAGAACCAUAUGACAUAGAAAUGAUUGAUGUUUCAUUUCAUUGUUUUUUAUCACCUUGUGAGAGAAUGAUGAUAAAUGGGGAAAUAAAAUCUAUUAUAUAUGAUGAGCCUUUAGAUUUAAUAGUUUCAUAAUGCAUUCAGUAAUUAUGCGUGUGGUCAUGGUUAAAAUUCAGAUCUCAUUAAUUUACUUUGUUUGAUCUAUAUAGUAUGAUAGGAUUUUGUUUCCUCAUUGAUAAGUAUUUAGUCAAUGAUGUGCCAUAGACAUAGUGUCAUGUGUGUGCGUGGGUGUUUGGGAUCAUUCUUUCACAUUAAGCCUGGAUAUGAUAAUGGUGCUGUUUUUCAUUUUGUGUUUUCUCUUUGACUAUACAAAUAAUUUCUCUGUCUUCCAUUGAAGUCGACACAGAUGAGCCCAUUUCUUGAAAAUGUUUCAAAAUCAUAUUUCUUGCAAACACCUUUUGAUAUGAUAUUCAUAAACCUUAGACCUUUGAUUCUAAGAAAUAUAUUAUACAGCUGUGUCCCAUGACAUUGACUGGCAAUCUGUCAAUCUUAAAACUGAUUUUUCAUUAUAUGAUUUAUCAUGAAAUCUUAAGAUGGAUUAUAUUUCGUAUAAUGGAUACAGGUCUGUGGCAAUGGCGACAUAACUGCCCUGCAUCAAAAGAUGCAUCACAUGAUGUAGUUUUGACCAAUCCGUCAUUAGAAUCUUAAUGUGCCCUGUAUGUAAUUCCUGAAAAAUGAUUUGUCAUCAUUGGUGUUAAUUAUGAUAUUAUUUGUAGCAUAAAGAGAUUCAAUCAGACGUAGAACCAGUGAAACGUAAGAUUGAUGUUUAUGAAAUUGAUUGCAUAUGUCUAAUGUGAAGAAUUACAUUCAAUUGUGUAAUCGAUAGUAACUCAAUAGGUGUGUUAGAAUGGACUUUAAAUUAUAUGAAUUAAGAGAGAUGCAAACAAUCUUACAGGUGAUUGUUAAUCUUUAAUACAUGAUUUGUCAUGAGCAUUUACGGUAGAUGUUUAUCAUAAGCCAAUAGUAUCUUUUAUGUCACAAAGAAUUGGCAUUGCACUUUCAUGUAUUAAAAAAAUGAAAACGAAUUGGACAUAAGGUUCACUGGUAUUAUCAUAUCUAAUGAGAAUCACAAAUGGUGCUGGUAUGUCAGCUUCUUCCUUUCUUCUGUUGAUUUUCAAUUUUGUUUUGAUGAUUACUGGGAAAUGGCCAGUGGUUUGUUCUAUUUAUAAACUCUAGGAGGAUGAACAAAUAUAUAUGGCAGGUUAAUAUGAUUAUAUGUACCUCUGAGAAGGUAAUCAAUUAUCAUGGGUGAUGGAUCUUAUCAAGAGCCUAGCCUGGAGGGAUAGAAUUACAAACAAAUGUGAUUUGCAAACCUCCUUUCAAUUCCUAAUCCAAAUUCCUCAUUUGCUUCUGGCAUUUGCUAUCCCUCCUUCAUUGAAUUAAAGUAGAAUAUGGAUGCAGGCAUUUAACAGUAGUAUUAGUUCAUUUGAAGAAAAAAAAAACCUGGCAGUAGACUAUAAGUUGAACAAUUUUGAUUGAUUGAUAGUAGUCCUCGAUAACCAUAUAUGCCUGCAGCGAGGAUUUUGAAUUUAUACUGUGAUUUUAUUAUCGUUCGCAAUCGCAGGUCUCUGUUGUCGGAUAUAUCAGAAAUAUUGGCCAUGCUUUUGAAGUUGUAUUGCAUGAGCCAAAUAUGAGUGAAAUAUAGCAUUAUUUUAUGAGAGUGAUAUAUUGAUAUAUAUCAAUGUGAUUAAAAACAACAUAUCUACAUGAUGAGUGUUAUGAGAUAAACUCUCACUCUCGAGAUGAUAUGGAUACUAGAUAUCUCUCUCAAAAUGAAGCUGAAGAAAUUGUUCAUUUUCAGAAAAGAAGAUAUGUCUGCCCAAAUCCUAGCCCUUCAAAUAAUGUUAACCAUACAUGUAUGUGGACAGUGUCCUCUCACAGAUUGUACUGUCAUUAAUCAUUUUCUAAUGAAAGUGUGACGUGCCAUUUUGUCAACAGCUGAAAUUCAAAUAUUCUUAUGUGUUUCUAAUCACUGUAUUUUCCUCUAAUGGACCAAUGGCAAAAGCAGCCUGCCACAACUCGUAGGAGAUCAACUUAGGUCAAGUCACACCAUAUUUACUUGACUUUGGAUGAAAUGAGAAAUGAAUAAGUAAACAGCAGUGUACAAAGCGUAACAAAAUCAUAUAUAUUUUUAAUACAUAUAGACAGGGUCAAAAUGUCAUAUUUCCAUCAAUUAAGAUAAAUAUGGUUCCUUGCGUAAUGAGCCCAAAAUUUGAGGGGGCUCGAUACGGCGUAUUGCAUGCUUAUUUGAAACUCUCUUUUCUAUGUUGUCAUAUUGUACUCUUGCAUUUAUUGUUUCAUGAUAGAUGUUGCUUUUAACUGACAAACCAUGAACACUUAAUUUAUAAUUGCCAGACUCUUUGAUGUGUGAAUGUGGGUGUAAUCUGAUUUUGUCUGAAUUGAGUUCAUUUUCUGGGGUAGCAUGUUGGUAUUUCAUGUUUGUAUCCAAUAUUCACAAGUUUUGUUAGAUUUCAUUCAUUUCAUUGCCGUGGUCACAUUUUUAUGAUAUGUGACCACCAACUGAACUGAACAUGUAUGGCUUCCAUUUGUCAUAUUGUAUCAGUGUGACUGAGCCUCUUGUAUCCUUCCAAUACAUUUGACCCAUGCUGUUUUUUUCUCCCAGUACUGUGCGUGUGUAAAGAAGGGAUUUGUGUCAGAAUAAACAUGCAUAGAAUGAGACUGUAUGCAUAAUGCCUUACAGGUUUUGAAUUCUAUUAAAAGUACUCAUUUACUUUUCCACAUUUUA